AUGGAAAAAAGAGCCACGUUAUCAUCUCCACACAGCAAACAAAGAAACCUGAGGUUUAGGGAGGUGUCUAUAGACAUUUUAUCUGAUACUCUCACCAACCUCAAUAAUAUAAACAAAUCCAACUUAAAAACUGUAACGUUAUCGUAUCUGUGUGGAAAUCUGAAAGAUCAAAACAUAGUGGAGUCUGUGUUUUACUUUUGUGCUGAACUAGGACUUGACCCUGUGGUUGGAUACUAUGCCAUCGAGAUACUGAACAGGUUUCUGGCCAAAUAUCUUGAAGGUCUUAUCGUCAGCCAGCGGAAACAACCCGCACAAAGUGUUUCAUGUAAGGACAAAGGAAACUAUAAGGAUCUCAUCUACCAAACUCUGAAGGAGAAGUUAUUUCUUCUCACCUUAUCCAGUGUUCAGAUAGCCAGCAAACUGGACCUGCACUUGAAUGUUGUGAACAACGAUGUUGCUCUGAAAUUUCUGCACUCAGUCAGUUACCCUUGUACAAAACAGAAACUCCUGGACUCUGAGAUUUUUAUUUUAAAAACUCUCAACUUUAAUUUGAAUGUUCCAAAUGCUUUGACAUAUGUGGAGACUCUUUUGGAAGUGCUGGGCCAUAAUGAUCCAACAUCCCCUGUGGAGCAACUGCACCAUCUCUGUGUGUAUGUACUGCAGUUCAUUUACCUGCAGAGGGAGUCAAUCUACAACACAUUGCUCAUAUCUGCCAGUGGAUCCCCCAAUCCUUCAUAUGAGCAAAGAGCCAAGUUUAUGUCUGUGACUGAAGACUUCAUGCUUUUGGGAGUUGGAGUCAUUGCUGUUGCUGCCUUUAUUCAUCAUAUCUCAACAUGGGAAAAGGUAGUGGAGGAGCUCACAGGCGUCACAGGAAUUUCUGGCCAGAGUAUUAUGGACUAUGCAUAUGUCACCCUGAUGCACAUCACCAAGAUCAAACCCAUGUGACUCUUGUGUGUGUUUAAGUGUGAAGAGCCAUUUUGAGCAUACAGUACCAAUUAGUAGUACAAACAAGUCAAC